ACCAAGCCUUAUUUAUUAAUUUACUUUCAUCUGGAAAGCUUUCAGAUUGAUAUAAUCCCGAUAUCCCAUAACUAUCCCUUACAUAAGUAACUAAACAACCUAUCACGAUGGCGUCGUCCAAGCCCGCCGUCCCCCAGAACGACAACGUCGCUCACGCCCUUGCCGGCGCCGGCGGCGGGAUCCUCUCCAUGAUCUUAACGUAUCCGCUCAUCACCCUUUCCACCCGCGCGCAGGUCGAGUCCAAGCGAGCCGAGACCAACUUUCUAUCCGCCGUGAAACAGAUUGUUGCGCGCGAGGGUGUCUCGGGACUAUACGCGGGCCUCGACAGCGCCUUAUUCGGUAUUAGUGUUACCAACUUCGUCUACUACUACUGGUACGAAUGGACACGCGGCUUCUUCGAGGCCGCCGCCUCCCGUUCCGGACGGGCUUCUAAGAAGCUCACCGCUAUCGAAUCUAUUAUCGCCGGUGCCAUUGCUGGUUCCGCCACUGUCAUCUUGACUAACCCUAUCUGGGUCGUGAACACGCGCAUGACGACCCGCAAGGGACAAAUCGAGGCCGAGGAGAACACCGACGGCGCUCCCGUAGAAAAGAAGAAGCAGCCGACUACCUUGGGUACCCUAUCAGCACUACUACGCGACGAGGGCCCGCAGGCGCUCUUCCGCGGUGUCGUGCCGGCUCUUGUGCUAGUUAUCAACCCCAUCUUGCAGUACACGCUAUUCGAGCAGCUCAAGAAUGCGUACGAACGAAGACGGAAGCGCAACGUAACCCCAACCGUAGCAUUUUUCCUAGGCGCUCUCGGCAAGCUGUUUGCCACCUCCAUCACCUACCCAUACAUUACUGUUAAGAGUCAAAUGCACGUGGCCGAUGACGGCCAGAAGCGCGAGGGCAUGACCCAGGCCAUUCGGCGAGUUAUCAAAGAAGAGGGUUAUUCCGGCUUGUAUAAGGGCAUCGGCCCCAAAGUCACCCAGAGUGUCUUGACGGCUGCCUUCCUCUUCGCCUUCAAGGACGUUCUCUACGAGCAGACAGUAAAGCUCCGAGGCACUAUGGCUAGAAGGGCCGUCAAGGCAUAAGUAUCAAGGCAUAAGUACCUACCUAAUCUACGGUUGGCGAUGCAUCUACUAUAGCUUGCAUGAGCUUUGGCUGGCCUUAACUCUGUACAUAUUGUAUCUUUUGAAAUAGGAGGCUCUUGGCCCCUUGUUACCUAGGCGCAGUCCCGACAUUGUUUGUCUUAACUUGGGUUAUUUUGUUGACAUUAGCGCAAUCAAGAGGGAGGGAGGUGAAUGAGUAGAAAAGCCAAGGGAGGAAUGAAGGAAAUAUCAUAUCUAGUUCUAU